AAAGCCCCCAUGCGUUCAACGCUCAGUCCUAAACACGUGCUGUUAGAGUAGCUGCGUGUUGAAGUUCCUCUAGCUUUCGAGAAUCUAAACAAGCUAUUUUAGCUACAUAAACAAGCUAUUUUAGCUACACAGACGUAUAGUCCUCCGUGAAGCAUUCGCCGAGAGGAGAAAUAUCAGAAAUUAACGGAAGUAAGCAUGACUGAAGCCGAAGUGAAUCCCAAGGCCUACCCCCUGGCCGACGCCACACUUUCCAAAACCAUCCUGGACCUUGUGCAGCAAGCAUCUAACUACAAACAGUUGAGGAAAGGGGCCAAUGAGGCCACCAAGACAUUGAACCGUGGUAUCUCUGAGUUCAUUGUGAUGGCUGCUGAUGCUGAGCCACUGGAGAUCAUCCUCCACCUGCCACUGCUCUGCGAGGACAAGAAUGUCCCCUAC